CAUAAUUCUGGUAAGAGCUGGUUUAUCAAAAUAGAAUAUUUAGGAAGAAUUCGGUUGGAAAAAAUUUCCUAUCAUGCGUAGAUUUAGGUUUCGAAAUACAACUAUAGUAAUCAUUCAUUCUUUGAUCGAAUGGUUAUUAUUCAUUAUUGUAUUUUCUUAUUCAUUACUGUAUUUCAGUAUAAUUUUGAAACAGAGACAUUCUUUUUUUAAAGCUUUGCAAAACGAUCAAUUAAACAAUUGAUAGAAUUCAAUUACUCAAUCGAUUACUCGAUUAGUAGUACCCCUAGAGUCCACUCCUUCCCCAUACUACGAGUGAGAGGGAAAAUGUAAAGACUACCAUUAAAGCAGCCCAAGCGAGACUUACUAUAUCCAUAUAAAUUAUGUCUCCUAUCUCUAUGAAGGAAUUAUUCCAUUAUUGAUCAAUAAUCAUAGUGGAAUCAAUGGCGCAGAGUCAAAAUGGAAUUCUGACUUAACUUAAGGCUAUUGAUGAACCAAUCCAAUGAAUCUACUCGUAACAAGAUUAUAAGAUUUCUGGUAGAAUCGGGAAGCAUUAAGCAUAAAUACAAUACACACACCUUUUCUCGGAAAAUGAAAUAACAAAGGAAUACUCCUAUCCCAAUGGAACAUGUAGGAGUACUAAGACCUAUUGUUUGUUACCCUUUUUCAUAAGCAAAAGACAUCAAAAUAUACCAUCAAGAUAGAUAACUAUCUAUCAGAUACCUCUAUUUCCUAUUUGAUCUAAGCCUUACUGUUUUUUUUGUGAAAGAAUGGGGAGACACCAUCACCAGUAUUACAUACAUUCUUUCUUUUUUUCGUAAUCCCCCUAUCUUACACGGGCAAAGAAAUUCCUACACGGGCAAAGAAAUUUUUUUGUUUCUUCAACUUUUACUUUUACUCUUUACUCAAUAAGAGCCGACCAACUAUCCUGAUUGAAUGUUUGAGUACUCAGAGACUCUCGUGAGUCUGGAUACAAAGUAUCUUCAGUCCUUUCCACAACUUCUAAAUUGAUUUCCCAUCAGCCUAUCCAAUCGAAUUCCAGACAGAGUCAGUAGACACAACGGUGGUAGUGUAAAAUAAUUAGGAAUUCUUGAUAGUCUUUCGUACAAUCUCUUCUUCAAUCCUAGUAGCAAAAAUGGAGUGUCCUUUAGGAACCUUUGGAUACCAAGAUUUCCGACCUCUUACUUUCGUAGUUUUGAAUCCCAGAAUUUACUUUCACUAUUUAUUUAUUCUACUUAUAAAAUAAAUGUCCGAACCAAUCAUAAUCAUAUUAAAAUCAUAAUCAUAUUAAUAAGUAAGGCUUACUUCAUCCCUAUUUGUACCGGUUUGGGCCACACCCAAAGCCCGGAUUUUUAGAAAAAAAUUGACUUUCUUUAAAAAAAUUGACUUUCUUUAUAGAACUACAGAUUCUAAAAAUAAAGUAUCGAUAGGCUUAUCCUUUUGCCUCUCCUUCUCCGGGGACAGAAUUCGUCGAGUUAAAUCAGCAGAAUAAGAAAUCCCAAGUUUUUUGUUGAUCAGGCGACACCCAGAUUUGAACUGGGGAUAAAGGAUUUGCAGUCCCCCGCCUUACCACUUGGCCAUGUCGCCAAACCAAAUUCGAUCCAAAUAAGAUAAAAAAUAGAUUUCUGGUCAAAGACUGAAAAAUUCAGGGCAAAUUGGAACCAUUAACUAUUUGUUUUGUUGUUUUGAAUUAGCGAAAGGUUCUUCAAUUUGUAUCUCAAAUUGUUGCGUUUCCUUAAUGGCAUAACAAAAUCAAAUUGAUUUAUGACUAAUUCAGUAUCAAUUAUUUUCAAUAAUCAAUCUUUUUCAAUUUCAAUUAUAACAAUAUAAAUUAUAACAAUAUAUAUGUGUAUAUGUAAACCUCAAAACAGAAAUUGUUACACAGAUACCGCUCUUAUGUACAUAUCCCAUAUCCCUAUAGAGAAUCGUCGUGCCUUCUUUUUUCAUUUUCUAUAUGCAAUAGAAAAAAUAGGAAUUAUGAUAUAGUGCGACCUGACUUCUGUUGCCACAAGUGAAAUUACGAUAAAAGAUGUGAUAUGCGGACAGGUAGAUAGCUAUAUUGGCAUGCACUUAAUAAAUAUUACUCCUAUUACGCAAUUCAAUCAUAUUCUAUAUAUUCUACUAGCAAAAAAAUAAUUCGAAAUUUUUUUUGAACAUGAAAUGAAACUCAAAUAAAAUUAAGUAUGCUAAAAAGGGAAACUCUAUAUUGUUCCUGUUGUACCUGUCGCAAAUUCGAACUUGCGUCGAAAAUGCUCUUCAUUCCUCUGUCUCAUUUCCGUUCAUACGUAUGAAAUACAUAUAUGGUAUAUGGAGUUGGCUAAAAUUUCAUGUGAUUCAGUAAACAGAAUAUACAUUCCAUCAUUGCUAGAUCGAUCCGUAUGGUUCGAUAAAUAGUGAGCUAAUAAUGGGAUUUUUCAAUAAACAGGAAACUUAAGAUUAAGAUGCUCCGGAAUGAUGGAAAUGAGGGAAUGUCCACAAUACCUGGAUUUAGUCAGAUCCAAUUUGAGGGAUUUUGUAGGUUCAUUAAUGAGGGCUUGACGGAAGAAUUUCAUAAGUUUCCAAAAAUUGAAGAUACAGAUCAAGAAAUUGAAUUUAAAUUAUUUGUGGAAAGAUAUCAAUUGGUAGAACCCUUGAUAAACGAAAGAGAUGCUGUGUAUGAAUCACUCACAUAUUCUUCUGAAUUAUAUGUACCCGCGGGAUUAAUUUGGAAAACCGGUAGAGAUAUGCAAGAACAAACCGUUUUUAUUGGAAACAUUCCCCUAAUGAAUUCCCUGGGAACCUUUAUAGUAAAUGGAAUAUACAGAAUUGUGAUCAAUCAAAUAUUGCAAAGUCCUGGUAUUUACUACCGUUCAGAAUUGGACCAUAACGGAAUUUCUGUCUAUACCAGCACAAUAAUAUCAGAUUGGGGAGGAAGAUCGGAAUUAGAAAUUGAUAGAAAAGCAAGGAUAUGGGCCCGUGUAAGUAGGAAACAAAAAAUAUCUAUUCUAAUUCUAUCAUCAGCUAUGGGUUCGAAUCUAAGAGAAAUUCUAGAUAAUGUUUGUUACCCUGAAAUUUUCUUGUCUUUCCCGAAUGAUAAGGAGAAAAAAAAGAUUGGGUCAAAAGAAAAUGCUAUUUUGGAAUUUUAUCAACAAUUUGCUUGUGUAGGCGGGGAUCCGGUAUUUUCUGAGUCUUUAUGUAAAGAAUUACAAAAGAAAUUUUUUCAACAAAGAUGUGAAUUAGGAAGGAUUGGUCGACGAAAUAUGAACCGGAGACUGAAUCUUGAUAUACCUCAGAACAAUACAUUUUUAUUACCACGAGAUGUAUUGGCUGCUGCGGAUCAUUUGAUCGGAAUUAAAUUUGGAAUGGGUACACUUGACGAUAUGAAUCACUUGAAAAAUAAACGGAUUCGUUCUAUAGCGGAUCUGUUACAGGAUCAAUUCGGACUGGCUCUUGUUCGUUUAGAAAAUGCGGUUCGAGGAACUAUAUGUGGAGCAAUUCGGCAUAAAUUGAUACCGACUCCUCAAAAUUUGGUAACUUCAACUUCAUUAACAACCACUUAUGAAUCGUUUUUUGGCCUACAUCCUUUAUCUCAAGUUUUGGAUCGAACUAAUCCAUUGACACAAAUCGUUCAUGGGCGAAAAUUGAGUUAUUUGGGUCCUGGAGGAUUGACGGGGCGAACUGCUAGUUUUCGGAUACGAGAUAUUCAUCCUAGCCACUAUGGACGUAUUUGUCCAAUUGACACGUCCGAAGGAAUCAAUGUUGGACUUAUUGGAUCCUUAGCCAUUCAUGUGAGGAUUGGCCAUUGGGGAUCUAUAGAGAGUCCAUUUUAUGAAAUAUCUGAAAGAUCAAAAGAGGCACAGAUAGUUUAUUUAUCACCAAAUAGAGAUGAAUAUUAUAUGGUAGCAGCGGGAAAUUCUUUGGCCUUGAAUCGGGGUAUUCAGGAAGAACAGGUUGUUCCAGCCCGAUACCGUCAAGAGUUCCUGACUAUUGCAUGGGAACAGAUUCAUCUUAGAAGUAUUUUUCCCUUCCAAUAUUUUUCUAUUGGAGCUUCCCUCAUUCCUUUUAUCGAGCAUAAUGAUGCGAAUCGGGCUUUAAUGAGUUCUAAUAUGCAGCGCCAAGCAGUUCCGCUUUCUCAGUCCGAGAGGUGCAUUGUUGGAACUGGACUGGAACGCCAAACGGCUCUGGAUUCGGGGGUUUCCGCUAUAGCCGAACACGAGGGAAAGAUCAUUUAUACUGACCCUCACAAGAUCAUUUUAUCAAGUAAUGGGGACACUACUAUAAGUAUAAGUAUUCCAUUAGUUAUCUAUCAACGUUCCAACAAAAAUACUUGUAUGCAUCAAAAACCUCAGGUUCCGCGGGGUAAAUGCAUUAAAAAAGGACAAAUUUUAGCGGACGGUGCGGCUACAGUUGGGGGGGAACUUGCUUUAGGAAAAAACGUAUUAGUAGCUUAUAUGCCAUGGGAGGGUUACAAUUCUGAAGACGCAGUACUAAUUAGCGAACGUCUGGUAUAUGAAGAUAUUUAUACUUCUUUUCACAUCCGGAAAUAUGAAAUUCAGACUCAUGUGACAAGCCAAGGACCUGAAAGAAUCACUAAGGAAAUACCACAUCUAGAGGCUCAUUUACUCCGCAAUUUAGACAGAAAUGGAGUUGUGAUGCUGGGAUCUUGGGUAGAAACAGGUGAUAUUUUAGUAGGUAAAUUAACACCUCAGACAGCAAACGAAUCGUCGUAUGCUCCAGAGGAUAGAUUAUUACGAGCCAUACUUGGAAUUCAGGUAUCCACUGCAAAAGAAACUUCUCUAAAACUACCUAUAGGCGGAAGAGGUCGCGUUAUUGAUGUGAGAUGGAUCCGGAAAAAGGGGGGUUCCUGUUAUAAUUCAGAAAUGAUUCGUGUAUAUAUUUCACAGAAACGUGAAAUCAAAGUAGGUGAUAAAGUAGCUGGAAGACAUGGGAAUAAGGGUAUCAUUUCAAAAAUUUUGCCUAGACAAGAUAUGCCCUAUUUGCAAGAUGGAACACCUGUUGAUAUGGUCUUCAACCCAUUAGGAGUACCAUCACGAAUGAAUGUGGGACAGAUAUUUGAAUGCUCGCUCGGGUUAGCGGGGGAUCUGCUAAAGAGACAUUAUAGAAUAGCACCUUUUGAUGAGAGAUAUGAGCAAGAGGCUUCGAGAAAACUAGUGUUUUCCGAAUUAUAUGAAGCCAGUAAGCAAACAAAAAAUCCAUGGGUAUUUGAACCCGAAUAUCCGGGAAAAAGCAGAAUAUUUGAUGGAAGAACAGGAAAUCCUUUUGAACAACCUGUUCUAAUAGGAAAGUCCUAUAUUUUAAAAUUAAUUCAUCAAGUUGAUGAUAAAAUCCAUGGACGUUCUAGUGGACAUUACGCACUUGUUACACAACAACCCCUUAGAGGAAGGGCGAAGCAAGGGGGACAACGAGUAGGGGAAAUGGAAGUUUGGGCUCUAGAGGGAUUUGGUGUUGCUCAUAUUUUACAAGAGAUGCUUACUUAUAAAUCUGAUCAUAUUAGAGCUCGUCAAGAAGUACUUGGUGCUACGAUCAUUGGAGGAAGAGUAUCUAACCCAGAAGAUGCUCCAGAAUCUUUUCGAUUGCUCGUUCGAGAACUACGAUCUUUAGCUCUAGAACUGAAUCAUUUCCUUGUAUCUGAGAAGAACUUCCAGAUUAAUAGGAAGGAAGCUUGAUCUGAAUGAAUCAGAAUUUCUAUUCUAUGAUUGACCGGUAUAAACAUCAACAACUUCGAAUUGGACUAGUUUCUCCUCAACAAAUAAAGGCUUGGGCCAACAAAA